UGGGUGGGGUGGGUUGGCUGGCCUGCCCCUUGACUGGAGAACGAGAUUCACCUAUAAAUACAGUCUGCUCCACUUUAAAUGGAUCAUUAUCACUUCUCCUCUUCUAGUGAACGGUUUACCAGUUCCUAAACCAAAAAUAGCAAAAUGAAGGCUUGUAUCGCCCUCCUCGCCCUUGUGGCUUCUGCCUCCGCCGGAAACUUGUACGGUGGUGGAUUCGGUUACGCCGCUCCAGCCAUCGCUGUUGCCCCAGCACCAGCCAUCGUCAAGACCUACGCCGUCCCACAAGCCCCCCUCGUCAAGUCGGUCGCUUACCCACAAGCCCCACUUGUCAAGACCUACAACGUCCCACAAGCUCCCCUUGUCCGAACUGAGACCAUCCCACAAGCUCCAUUGGUCAAGACCGUCAACGUUCCACAAGCCCCACUCAUCCGAACUGAGACCAUCCCUCAACCACCCCUCUACAAGACCGUCAAUGUUCCACAACCAUCCAUCUUCAAGCAGGUCGAGGUUCCCCAACCACCAAUCUUCAAGACCAUCGAAGUCCGUCAACCCGACCUUAUCAAGACUGUCGCCGUCCCACAACCCGACCUUGUCCGACAAGUGACCGUCCCACAACCCGACCUCGUCAAGUCCAUCACCGUCCCACAACCUGACCUCGUCCGACACGUGACCAUCCCACAACCCGACCUUGUCAAAUCUGUCGCCAUCCCACAACCCGACAUCGUCAAGUCCUUCGCCGUCCCACAGGCCCCACUCCUUAAGUCCGUCGCCGUCCAGGCUGCCCCCGUCUACGCCCACGCCGCCCCAGUAUACGCCGCUGGCGCUUACGCCGCUGCCCCAGCUUUCGGUGGAGUCUACGCCGGAAACUUCAGACAAUGGAAAUAAAUUUUUCCUUUCUUUUCCUGAAGGAAGAAGUCAAUUAGGAAAUAUAUUUUUUAUAUUGGAAAGAUAAACUUAUUCGGACUGAAUUGGAAGAUGGGAAAUUCUAAAAAAAACGAUGGGAAUUUUAAUUAUUUUUGUAUUGGGAAUUAAAUUCAUUGAAUAAAUUCCGGAUUUUUUAUUCAAAUAAAAAAUUUACGAAAAAUAA